GUUCAAGUGUCGCCAGACGAGACGGCCAAGCUGGCCGGCACGAAUUGGUUGAAUGUGCUCAACUGCUUCUCUUCAGCCAUGCAUUUCCUCCAGACCGGAGCACCGGACUCGCUGGCUCGCCUCGACGCCACACCCGCGGCAUAUGCGGCUUCGCAAGAUCGCGUUCAUCGUUCGAGUCCCGAGGCCCGCAUUGGGGCAGCCGACAGACUGACCCACCAUCGACGCUCGGUUCCGAGGUGCUGGAUGGUACAAACGGACGCACAUCGUCGUCUGGAAGGUGACGAUGUUGAUGUUGAUGAUGAUGAUGUUGAUGUUGAUGAUGAUGAUGAUGAAGACGGCGCCGACAACGAAGACGAUGAUGACGAGGACAGGCUUUGCGGGGAAGCUGGUUUUGUGCUCGAUUUGAGUGCCAGCUCAGCCUUGGAUGCACUCAUUCGCAUGGCCAACACAACCAUGCAGCAGUUGGACCACUCCAAACCGGCCACAAGUAAGGCACACCAGAAUCUUCGCAUGGAGGUAGGGUUUCGAGACUACCAGUAA